AUGCGGUUCUCCAACGUCGCACUCGCUGCUUCUUUAAGCGUGGUCGGGAAUACCGCACCAACAGCUUCACAACCCCAACCACGUCAGGCAACAACGGCUAGCGAGCGACUCGGUUUAACAUGGCUGGGCGGUAACAGCAGUCUCCCCAAAGUCCUCGUCCUCUUCACCGGCGGCACCAUAGCCGGAGGCUCCAUCUACGGCGCGCUCGACGACACGCAAUACGGCCAGCUCAGCCAAACCGGCGAAGACAUAAUAGCACGCAACCCGUACCUCCUCAACAACACGCAACUCGCCGUGUCCAACUGGACAUCCGAAGAUGGGUCAACGGGCACAAACGACGCUUUAGUCAUGAACAUGACGCGCUUCGCACACGACGCGCUAUGCUCACCAGACAGCGAUAUCGUAGGCGCAGUAUACACGCACGGCACAAAUUCGCUCGAAGAAACAGCAUUUCUCAUGGACUCACUCGUCAACUGCGGGAAACCCAUCGUCGGAACAGGUAGCAUGCGACCCUUCACCCACCUCUCCUGGGACGGAGAAGCGAAUUUCUUCGACGCAGUCAUGCUAGCUGCAAGUCCCGAGUCACGCAACCGAGGCCUCAUGGUAGCGUUCAACGCACGCAUCAUACCCGGUUACUGGGUCACGAAACUGCAUUCGACUAAUCCGGAUGCUUUUGGUCCUACGUCGGGUGGGGAUUUGGGCAUUUUUAUUAACAGUUUGCCGGUCUUUUUCAACUCGCCGAGUCAGCCGUUGUGGAAGUAUUAUUUCGAUAUUGGGACUGUGAGUGCGUAUCCUACUUACCCGACACUACCCAAAGUCGACAUCCUCUACGCAGCCCGCGAGUUCGACGGCAAGCUCGUACUAGAUGCGCACGCCAACGGCGCGGACGGUGUCGUCAUAGCCGGGACUGGAAACGGCGGCGUACCGAAUGGCGGGGACGAGAUUACCGAAGCGAUGGAGAAAGGGCUUCAGGUCGUUGUUGGGACGCGCAGUCCACAUGGGCCGUCGAGUCCGGCUCGGACACCGACCUUUGCGAAGGCAGGCUUUGUGCAUCCGAUUCAAGCGAGGAUUAUGCUGCAGCUGGCGAUCGCGAGUGGGAUGAAUAUGAAUCAGACGAUUGAUGUGUUUGAAGGGGGGUUUAGGAGGGCUAUUGGGCAGCCUUGGAGUCCGGGGAGCUAG